CAGCCCAUCCCACUCGCCGACCCGGGCGCGCUGGCCUCGGCCCGUGACGUCUGCCUCGAUCGUCUCACGUAUCCCUUCGACACCGCCCUGCAGCAUACUCGACUGUGCGCCGACUCCGAUGGGCAGCCUGUUUUGACCCC